UUUUCGAGUUCAUAAAAUGGCUUUUCUGUACAGACUGUGGAAGUUGCUUGUGCCCACUUUGGUGGUUUUGUACGCUGUGUAUUACUGGCAUGUGAUUGCAGGUCGGAGGUACUUUACUGGAGAUGUUUCCCUCAAGGGAAAGAUGGCCAUUGUUACAGGAGCCAACUCCGGCAUCGGACGAUUAACAGCCUUGGACUUUGCCCAACGAGGCGCCCGUGUCAUCCUGGCCUGUCGCAAUCUCCAGAAGGCCCAAGACGCCGCCGAGGAGAUCAAGACGCGUACGGGCAACUCGGAGGUUGUGGUGCGCCACCUUGACCUAGCCAGUCUGCAGUCCGUCCGGGAAUUUGCCGGCAAGAUCAUCGAAAGUGAAGAGAGACUAGAUAUUCUUGUUAACAAUGCAGGUGUAUACAGUAUAAAGUCUCGCACAGCUGUCACUGUGGACAACUUCGAUUUCGUCUUUGGCGUCAACCACUUCGGCCACUUCCUACUCACCAACCUCCUUCUGGACCUGCUGAGCAAGAGCGCCCCCAGCAGGGUGGUCACCCUCUCGUCCAUAGCCAAUUACUAUGUCAAGGGCCAGAUGAACCUGACCCGCGAAGACCCCAGCGUCGCCAGUAUCUUGUACCCUCACCUGGAGGGCUACGACAUCAGCAAAGUUGCUAAUAUUCUCUUCGGUCGCGAGUUGGCGAGACGAGAAGCAUCCAGAGGAGUGGUGUCUGUCUCGCUACAUCCGGGGGUCAUCUAUACUCCAAUAUGGAAAACUUUCAUGGAUGCUGACUCGCCCCUGACGGGAGUGUUGUACCAUACACUUUCUCCAAUAAUGUGGUUGCUCUUCAUUGAUGAGGAGGCGGGUACCCAGACCACCCUCCACUGCGCCCUGGACGACUCAGUGCCAGACCUCUCUGGGAGCUACUUUGAGAACUGUCAGGAGACGAAGCCAUCGGCACUCGCUCAGGACGACGACCUGGCCCGGAGAUUGUGGGAAGUCAGCUGCGAAGCAACUGGACUGAAAUGCUCGAGAGAUUAAAUGCCUGCUACAUACGUACGUACAGAUGACGAACCCAUCGACGGACUAUAGUUAUGCUAAAAAAUGGCCUUGGUAAAGUCUUGUAAAUUAAAAAAAUGAAAAACAGCUGGACUUGAAUGAGCAAUAUCUGCCUUUGAAAUAUCGACCUCUCUCUCCCCAGAAAAUCUAAAAUAGGGACCCACGUGACGAUCACUGCAAAUCAGGCUGCAUCCGAAUCUGUUGUCUAGAGCUAGGUCUAGGUCUUCACUCCAUUGAAAAUACGUGGAGACACGCA